AAUGAGAAGAUGUGAUAUGAUUGUCAAUAAGUGAACGGCAUGUUUCAUUGCAAUAUAAACAAACUUUCGUAACAAUAGAAAUCCUUUUAACAUCACGGCGGUGUGUUCCGAGUCCGAGGCCUUCCAAGUGAAUACAAUUAAUACCUGUCACAAGUGACAUGAGUGAUCAAAUUCAUACCUGUAUAUAAUAUAAAGCCGAAAGCAUUUGACUGAAUACAAUAUUUGGACAAUUAUUUUCUGGUGAACACGAUGGAGGACAAACCACCACCAUAUUCCGAAAAGAAUGGUUUCUACAACAAGGCUUAUGAUGGAUCAUUAGACAUUGCUCAACUUGAGGGAAGACAAUCCGAAGAAAAUAGAAAACUACAAAAGGAAAAGGAAUUGGAAGAUCCUUGGGCAUUACCUGAUUUGGAAAAUACAGAAACACCAUGGGGAGAAUUGGAUACAUGUGGGAAAAUACUGCGAGUGGCAUGGCUUAUUAUAAGGAUUAUAAUGUUCCUGGCCUUCCUGUAUUUCUUUAUUUGUUCUCUCACUUUCCUUAGUGAUGGAUUCAAGUUGGUGGGAGGUAAAUCUGCAGGAGAAAUCUUCAGAAAGAAUGAAAUUCUAUCCAAUCCAGUGGCUGGUGUAAUGAUUGGUGUCCUGGCUACAGUUCUAGUACAGAGUUCUUCUACCUCAACCUCCAUAGUUGUUGGCAUGGUUGGUGGACAACUUUUGGAUGUCAAGACAGCUAUCCCUAUAGUGAUGGGUGCUAAUAUUGGAACUUCUGUUACAAAUACUAUUGUUUCCAUGGGACAGAUAGCCAAUAAAGAUGACUUUCGAAGAGCCUUUGCUGGAGCAACAGUCCAUGAUAUGUUUAACUGGUUAACAGUUAUUAUACUUUUACCUAUAGAAGUAAUAACAGGUUAUCUAUAUAUUCUCAGUGAGAAAAUAGUAAAUUCUAUCAACAUGAAACAAGAUUUUGAAAAACAAGAAUUUCUGAAAAAAAUCACCAAACCAUUUACCAACCUCAUCAUCAUACUCGACUCAAAACAGAUCACAAAUGUUGCCAAAGGUGAAGAUGUGAAAACUUUAUUGAAAGACUGUUGUGUUAAAGACACUGUAAUGCAGAAUGUAUCAUCUCUUGUAACAGUCAAUGAAACAAUUAUGUCCACUGUUGUGGAGGUGAAUCGAACAGAAUGGGGCUUGGAAAAAGUCAAAGUGUGUGUAGAAAAAUGUGAAUUUGCUUUCAAACACUCUGGACUGAAUGAUCAUGAAAUUGGUGCUAUAAUUCUUGUUGGUGCCUUAGUUAUGCUGUGUGUCUGCUUACUAGGAAUUGUCAAAACUAUGAAUUCAGUUUUGAAAGGAAAUAUCCGUAAAGCUAUCAGAAAAUUCAUCAACUAUGAAUUUCCAGGAAGAUGGUCCUACUUCACAGGGUACAUAGCUAUCCUGGUUGGUACAGGACUGACAUUCUUGGUCCAAUCCAGUUCUAUCUUCACAUCAACUUUGACCCCACUUGUUGGAGUGGGAGUAGUAAGUUUGGAAAGAAUGUACCCACUGACAUUAGGUUCAAACAUUGGAACUACAACAACAUCCAUUCUUGCAGCCUUGGCAACAGAUGAUAUAAGACUGCCAUUACAAGUAUCAAUGUGCCAUCUUUUCUUCAAUUUAUCAGGAAUUCUCAUUUUCUACCCACUAACAUUCAUGCGAUUUCCAAUUCCAAUGGCCAAACAUUUGGGUAUGGUGACAUCCAAGUAUAGAUGGUUUGCUCUGGUUUACUUAAUUACCAUGUUUGGCCUGUUCCCUGCUGGUGUGUUUGCUCUCUCCAUCGCCGGUUGGUAUGUGGUACUGGCAGUACUAUUACCAAUAGCUCUCCUGGUAAUAUUUGUGGGUGUAAUAAAAGUAAUUCAACAUAAAAAACAAUCAUGCUUGCCAAAGACACUACAGAACUGGAAAUUUCUUCCUGUGUGUUGUCGUUCCUUGGAACCAAUAGACAGAACUAUUUGUGGACAAUUUACCUGCUGCAAAAGCUGUAAUAGUAAAUAUGACGAUGAAGAAGCAUCAUUUGAAACCAACCAACAAAAUGGAAUACCAACUCGUUCAGAUGAUACAAAACUGUAACAAUAACAUACAUUUAAAGAAAUAUCCCUCAUCAAUACAUGAAUUUCAGACAUUUUUGCCCUGUUACAAGUUUGAGAUCAGGCCAUCUUGUAAACCUACAAAACUAAAAACUUUACAAGAGAACUGACAGAUUCUAUGAACAUGUGUGUAGAUAUAUUAUACUCUUAUUUAAGACUGGUGCAAAAAGGUGAAUGUGACCAAUCAUAAUGCAUUUAAUAAAUUUCAGAGAUGAUAGAAGCCAAAACUAAGAAUGUGAUAUUGUUUUUGUUUUUGUUGAGGACUUCCCUCAAGGUAAAACAUUUUGAUGGCCUAUAUCGUCUUUGUAUAUCUGCUGAAUUGAAAGUGCAGAAAAUUAUAAAGCUCUAAAAUUGACAUCCACCAUUAAAUGUUGAAUCUCUUUUGAAUCCAUAAUUGGUCUUUUAUAAUUGUUUAUCUGCUACUUUUAAGGUCAAACUUUAAAAUUUGUUACAUCAAGUUUGGAACAAGAUGAACCUUUUUCCAUACUGAAAUUGAUAAUUACAUAGCUUACAGUCACACAAGUUCUUAUUCCAGUGCUUUAGUGUAAAUCAAAGGUAUUACAAGUCAAUUAAGCAAUGACACAUUAUGAUGAUGGGCAUGUACAUCUAGAUGAUGGACAAUGACAGACGUACAUAAAAUACAACCAUGUUAUUUGAUGAUUGACACUUGCAAAUUGAAUAAGUUUUAAGUUUAUAGUCAGUUUAAAAAUCUUUUAAAGAGACAAAGAACACUGAUUAAUUUGAUGAUAGACAGUUACAAAUUGAAUUGCUGUAAGUCUAGAUCUAUAGACAGUUAAAAAAACUUUUUAAGAGACAAAGAACACUGGUUAAUUUGAUGACUGACAGGUUCAAAUUGAAUCAGUAGUGAUAGAUAGGUGUUUUAAAAAUCUUUUAAAGGGACCUAGAACAUUUGGUAUAACCACUGGGACUUUGCAUGUAUUAUGUAUACUUUUAAAUAGUUUAUUGAUGGGUUGUUAGUCUCUUUUCUAUUUCAUUCAUAGUUUUAUCUCUAUGCAAAAUAAA